GUAUAUUCUGUGACCUACAGUUUGGUUUCUGGGGUUUUUCGCCCGUAUUAGUGCGUUUUUUCGCUUAUUUGUAGGGUAUUAUUAUUUCCAUUUACCCCUCCGUCGCCGCUCCCCGCCGUUGCGGCGUUCUCUGCUGCGGCUGGGGAGGAGCGGGCACUCCGUUCUACCUAUUUUCAAGUGCGGGGGUAUUACCUCUUACCCCUCAUCUUCCAGACCUGCGCUGCUAGUCCGCACUUCAGGGGGAGGCGGCGCCAUUUCGCGCGCUUCUUCUCUUCUUCUCCUUCCUCCUCAGUCUCGCGAGAUCUCGGGCGCUAGCUGCGGCCGAGGUCUCGCGGGAUUUCGUGUGGUGUGCUGUCCGGAGCGGUUUCUCCUGCCUCAACGGAGCCUCCUGCAGCGCCGGUCCUGCUGUUUUACGGUCUGCUGCUUUUCUGUCCGCCUAUUUCCUUCCUUUUCUCCUCCUGCCUUCACAGGGUGAUUAACCCUAGUUAUGUCGCGCCAUUCCCGCUCCCGCUCCCCCAAUGUCGGUCCCUCUCAGGACCUGGAGGCCAGGGCCCACGUUUCCCCCUCAGCUAGGAGGUCUAGUCUCCCUACCAGGGAACCCCCUAUUGUGGAUGCCCAGAGCUUGGUCAUUCAGCGCUCGAUUUCAAGCGCUAUCAUGUCUGCCAUGGGGUCAAUGUCCACGGCAAUUUCACAGUCUGUGACUCAAGCCCUAGCUGUUCAGCCCCCUCAUGCCUCCAGAACAACGGAGAAUGAUGGCAAUGUUCCAUCCACUGACAACGCGCUAAGGUCGCGUAAAAGAGCCUGUCCGCGCCAGGCAGAACGUGCGCGAGGUUGGAAGUCGGCGCGGUCACAGCCCGAACGUGUUUCUGACUCUGAUAGAGAGUCUGAUGAGGAGGCACAGCGCUACUCCCUGCAUGGCUCAGAGGAGGAUUUGACCGGGGUCGCGGUUGAUCCGGUGGAUGUAGAUUUGCCGCCGCCCCCUACUGCGGCAUUCCCGGACGCCCCGUCUGGGUCCGCGGAUCCUCUUUUGGAUCCGUUGGGGGAUCCUAUGUUUGAUCCCAAUGCCUUACACCACCCGCGGUCUUCUGAGUGGCUCCCUGCCACGCAUGUGGCCCAAUACAUUGAAUCUAUGGCCCGUAAGCCUCUCACAAAGGAGGCACGUACAAAGCUGCGGGCUGAAUGCCCUAGACCCCUGAUCCCGCAUAAGGUUUGCGAGACGCCGGUGGUGGACCCGAAGAUGGUCCAGUUUUUGACUAAGACAGGGUUUAAUCCCCGUAAAGGCCUGGAUUCCGCCCUUAGGGCAUGCCAGGAUAAAGUGCUGGACAUUAUGGGGCCACUGGCCAAAAUUCUGGAUAUGGCCGAAGCGGCCAGGGCGGCUGGUAGUCAGGUCGACCCUGAGGAGUUAACUGGAUGGGCUCAGAGGGCAGUUUGCCUUACGGGCAACGCUAACACCUCGUUAGCAAUAGAACGGCGCAAAGCGCUUCUUAUGAAAAUUGAGCCGAAACUGGCUAAUUUGGCCAUUUCUGAGGCGGGCAAGGAUGCCCAGGGGCUCCUCUUUGGAGAGCCUUUUAUUAAGGAGCUUGGGAAAUACGUUGGGGCUUUUACUGCCCUUGAUAAGGCGCAAGCGUCCAUGCGUAAGGUUUUCCCAAACCGUUUUUCAGCCAGGGCCGGCAGUUUCAGGGGCCGUCUGCCCGGCCGCUCCUCCUCCUAUGCCCGUGGUUCGGGCAGAGGCUCCUUUGGCCACAGAUCCUCGUUGCAGGACCAGCAACAUCAGCCUUCCUUUUUUCCUACCCGGGGAGGCUAUAACCGCGGCAGAGGAUUCCGUGGACACCCUGGAUCCAGGAAACCAUACGGCUAAUGUUCCAGCCAAGAUGUCCGGAAUUUUCGCGGCUUCGUUGCUCAAGGUUCCUGGCGGGUUGUCCGGAGUGUGCACAGUUUCGUGGGCAUGUCGGAUCCAAGCCUUCGUUCCAGUUGGUCUGUUCUAGUUCAAGAGACCUGAAGUCUGUUCGUCAGGCGUCCAUCGGUUUGCAGUGGGUGGACCAUCAAAGAAAGAGGACUGCUCCAGUGUGACCAGGGGUUAUAUGGACACUGGGAGUGACAGGGUGGGGCUUGUUGCCAUGGUUACUGCAUGUUUAAAGUUUUUUCUUUGCUGCUAUGGAAUCUCAGUAAAGAGAGAGACAGCAAUACUCGCCUCCGUGUCCUUUAUAAAAUCAUGACUUUACGUCAUGAAAUAGUAAAAUCAUGAAAUUGUCCGUCCUCAUCACAACCGGUGGCCUGUGCUAUGAGCAUUCUGGGGUUUAAUGGAGGUUUCUGAAAUUUACAUUUAUUUUUUUAUUUUUAUACUGAUCACCCAUGCUUUGGAUCUGUCUUCAGUAUCUGACUGAUGGGGUCCAACACCCGG